AGGUUUUAAUUAGAUUAUUUCCCAGUCAGUAAAAUUUAAUAUUGCUUUCAUGAUCAACAUAAUUAUGGUAUAGCACUGAGAAGUGUUCCCUUAACGGUGGGCCUCAUAUGAAGUCUCAAGAUCAUGGGUGACAUACGCCUGGAGUUUCCCUUUAUGAUCGAAUUAAAAGUCGUCGCACAUUUAUCAACUCGGAGAGGGAUCGACUCGUAACCGUAUCAUCUCGAGGCGGUCAGUAUUCUUUGGAUGAAACUUCAUACUGCAACGCAUACUUAUCCGAACCGUAACGUAAACGCCACUCAGUCACAGCGCGCGAUAGGCAAUACGGUGUUGAUCCCUUUCCGAGUUGAUAAGUUUGCUAUGAACUUUAAAAUAAGGAGAUCCUUAAGAGAAUCAAAGGGACCAAUCGAAUUCUGCAGCCUAUCAAAUCUGCAGAAUUUCUGAACUGGCAGUGGGUGGGACACAUAAUAUUAUCCCGUAUAGCUGAUAGCCUUUGCCAGGCAGAAAGAUUUAGAGUGGCGUCAAUAAACCGGAAAACGUAGUGUAGGCAGGCCUCUCACUAGGAGGACCGACGAUCUGGUGAAGGUUGUUGUGGAAAUCCGUAAAGCAUUGGACCAGCAGUGGACGGUGUCAGGUUAAAACGACGGUAAUAAAUUAUGAUCUUAGCAUAUUAGGUAUAGUUAUUGAUAGAAUAUUUAUAAAAAUUAGAAUGGAAUAGAAUUACUUUAUUCAGCAUAUAAAAUUUAGGUGCAUAGAUAAUUAAUUUUAUUGUAGCAUGCUCAGCAAAAAUCGUGACAUGACACAAGUCGUCAAGUCACGAAGCUGGUUUUCAGCGGGUACCAACGCACGACCGGGAUUACGCGCCCUUUCGACAGUGACGGUUUAUCGUCAUUUCGUGUCUGUUCGUAGUACAUAGACCUACAUGGAAAAAACUACUUACCUACUGCAACGCUCCACUGCCAGAAGGCAGCACAAACUAACAAUUCAUUUAAUUAAAACAAAUAAAGCGUCGUUCAGAACAAUAACAAAAUGUCAAUUUAGCAGUGCAAUUACCUUACAGUUUACAGUUUUAUAAUAAAUGUAGUGACGCGUGAUCACUGAGUUGCAUUUUAUCAACGUGUAUUUUUGUAAUUUAAAUAAACAGUCAUUUUAAGUAAUAGGUAUUGCAUUGUCGCAUUAAGAUAAAAGGUGAUGAAUGUGAAAAGAUCUUAAGCUUGUUUGGUCAGUUGUAGAACAACAGAAGAUAUAAAUAAGUCAGUCUUGCAGUGAACAAGACUUACACAACGCGAGUUUAUACAAAUAAAAUCAAUAUGCUGGCCAGUAGUCAGUGCGAUAAGGACGAUAUAUUAUCCGUUAAAGAGUUAAAUUCCAUUGUCCAACAAAGCGUUAAAAGUAUUAUCGACAAGGAAAAACUCAUAUCGUACGUAGUGAGUGUCAAAGAUCUAACAACUAACGGAGGAAAUUAUUUAGGAACAUUGCAAACGGUGACCAUAACUGGAAAAACUGAAGAUGGCGAAAGCAAGGAAUUGAGGCUCUUUCUGAAAAAUAUUAUUCACAUAGAAAAAGAGUUUACAAUCGUCAAUGCCUCGGAGGCUUAUCAAAGAGAAGGGUUUAUCUACAGAGAGUUGUUUAAAUAUUUUGAAAAAAUUGAAGAUAAAUACAACAUACCCGUGGAAGAAAGAUUCAACACCGUGAAAGGAUACAGCGAGUCAAAUGAUGAGGUGAUUAUUUUGGAAGAUGUUUCAUACAAGGGUUAUAAAACAGGCGACAGAUUCAAAGUUGUUUCUCUGAAAUUUGCAGAAUUGGCCAUCAAAGAACUUGCCAAAUUUCAUGCCAUAUCAUUCGUUAUCCAGAAUGAAAAUCCAAAAUAUUUUGAGAACAAUAUAAAACCAUUACGGUCAGUGUUUAAAGCAAAUGAACAAUUUAAAAUUCAUUUGAGAAGAUCAUUUGACAAAGCAAAGAAAACUUUAGAUGAAACUGCAAAAUUGAAACUUGCAUUUUUUUUUCCAAAAGUAAUGAAAAAAACCGAGCAAUGUAUGGUUGUCGAACCAGAUGAAGCCGUUUGCAUGACGCAUCUAGAUUUUCGGGCAAACAAUAUUAUGUUUCAAGAAAUUGAUGGAGAAGCAGUCAAGGUAGUUCCUGUCGACUAUCAACUGGCUUGUUUCGGCUGCCCAGUCGUUGAUAUUAUAUACUUCAUUUUCUUGGGAACUGAUCAGGAAUUUCGUAAAAACCACAUGGAGAAUCUCAAGGACUUGUACUACUGUACAUUUGAAAGCUUUUUGAGCAAAUUCGGUAUCGAGGCUAAAGAAAUGUACACUAAGAAGCAAUUUGAGGAUGAUUUUAGAGAAAAAUUGGACUUUGGACUGAUAAUGUUUAUAAUAGUAAUGCCUUUUCUUUUCGCACGCACUGAUGAUGUCCCGGAGUUAUCAGUAAUCGAAAAUCUUGCAUUCAACUUGGAUGAGUGCUAUAAGGACAGGCUGCAUGGUGUUGUUGAUGACUUUAUACAGUGGGGAUAUUUGCCUUCCCAAAAAGAUUUUACAGUUUUUAAUGUUUCAAAGGCAUACCAAAGAGAAGGGUUUUUCUACAGAGAGUUGUUUAAAUUUUUUGAGAAAAUUGAAGAUAAAUACAACAUUCCAAAAGAAGAAAGACUAAAAAUUGUUAAGGGAUACAGCGAAACAAAUGAAGAGAAAAAUAAAAUUAAAAUGUCGAUUUGUCAGUGUGGUUAUCAAGACAUAUUCUUAGUUAAAGAAUUGAAUUCAACUGUAAGGCAAAGCAUCAAAACUAUAAUUGAAAAGGAGGGAUUUACGUCAUACAAAGUGAAUGUAAGAGAUUUAUCAACCAACGGAGGAAAUUAUUUUGGAUUAUUACAAUCUGUGACGAUUUCGGGAAAAAAUGAAGACGGAAAAGAUCAAGAACUGAGACUAUUUCUUAAAAAUUUUCAGCCUUCCCAAAAAGAUUUUACAGUUUUUAAUGUUUCGAAGGCAUACCAAAGAGAAGGAUUCUUCUACAGAGAGUUGUUUAAAUUUUUUGAGAAAAUUGAAGAUAAAUACAACAUUCCAAAAGAAGAAAGACUAAAAAUUGUUAAGGGAUACAGCGAAACAAAUGAAGAGGUAAUUAUUUUGGAAGAUGUUUCUCAUUUGGGCUACAAAACAUUAGACAGAUUUGACGUAAUGUCCAUAAAAUUUGCAGAGUUGGCCAUCGAACAACUUGCCAAACUACAUGCAAUGUCUUUUAUUAUUCGAAAUGAAAACCCAAAAUACUUUGAAGAAAAUGUAAAAACUAUGAGUUCUUUAUAUCAGCUUGAUAACUUUGAAUUUGAAGUUUUCUUAAGAAAAUGCUUUGACAAAGCAAAGGAGACUUUAGAUGAAGACGCUAAAAUAAAACUGGAUAACUUUUUCCCAAAAAUGCUUAAAAAAUACUCGACAUACUUUGUCAUCUCACCAGAUGAAGCCGUUUGUGUGACACAUACAGAUUACAGGACGAACAAUGUAUUGGUUAAAGAAGUUGACGGACAGCCCUCUGAGGUUAUUCCUGUAGACUACCAGCUAGCAUGCUUUGCCAAUCCCGUCACGGACUUAAUGUACUUCAUUUUCUUAGGGAGUGAUCGGGAAUUCCGUAAACAUCACUUGGAAGAUCUCAAGGAAUUCUACUAUAGUACUUUCGAAAAAUUUUUGAGCAAGUUCGAUAUCGCAGCCGAAAUGGUGUAUUCCAAAAAGCAAUUCCAGCAAGACUUUAGUGACAAAUUGGAAUUUGGAUUGAUGUGUUUUUUAGUAUUUAUGCAAUUUAUUUUUACGAACGAAGAUGACGUUCCACAGUUGGAAAAGGGCAUGGAUGCUUUGUCAAUGAAUAUGGAUGAGCGUUAUAAAGACAGAUUACAUGGUAUUAUUGAGGAAUUUAUACAGUGGGGGUACUUGUUUUACAUGUCACCACCUCAAAAAGGAACGUACAAUAAAAUCCUUAUGUCGACCAAUAAUAAGUGCGAAGGUGACGACAUACAACUGUUAGUUGAAGAAUUAAAUUCAACGGCACGUCAAAGCAUCAAAAAUAUAAUAGACAAAGAAGAAUUGACGUCUUACAGAGUGGUUGUAAAAGGAUUUGAAACCUAUGGAGGUAAUUAUUUAGGAUCACUGCAAAGGGUGACCAUAAAUGGAAAAACCAAAGAUGGCAGAGACAAAGAACUAAAAUUAUUUCUCAAAAACAUUCCAUGUGCACCUGAGGAAUAUACUACAUUCAUCAACGUUUCAAAUGUUUACCAAAGAGAAGGUUUUUUCUAUAAAGAGUUGUUUAAUGUUUUUGAGAAAAUUCAAGAUAAAUACAACAUUACACACGGAGAAAGAUUUAAAACAGUGAAAGGAUUUAGUACGUCUAAUGACGAACUAAUAAUUUUAGAAGACGUUUCUCACAUGGGCUACAAAACAUAUGAUAGAUUUGAUGUAAUACCGAUUAAAUUUGCAGAAUUGGCCAUUGAACAAAUUGCAAAACUACAUGCCAUGUCCUUCAUUAUUCGAAAGGAAGAUCCUAUAUAUUUUGAAAAAAAUAUUGUAACACUCAAAUCGGUGGAUAAUAUAAACGCAAAUUUUGAAGAUUAUGUAAGGAAAAGCUUUGACAUAGCUAAGGAAAGCUUAGAAGAAAAAGUAAAAUGUAAACUGGAUAAAAAUUAUCAAAAAUUGAUUGAAAAUUAUUUUAAUAAUUUAAAAAUGUUACCACAUGAAGCUGUUUGCGUAAUUCAUGGAGAUUUUAGGCCCAAUAACGUAUUGGUUAAAGAAACUAAUAAUGAACCAUCUGAUGUGAUUCUUAUAGACUAUCAGUUAGCAAGUCCUGGCAGUCCAGUUUUGGACAUUUUGAAGCUCAUUUUUUUAGGGACGGACCAGCAUUUUCGUAGAAACCAUAUGGAUGAUCUUAAGACGUUGUAUUAUAGCAGUUUUGAAAUGUUUUUGAGAAAAUUCAAUAUAGAGGCCAGAGAGGUAUAUUCUAAAGAGCAAUUUGAGAAAGAUUUCAGAAAUAAAUUAGACUAUGGGUUGGUAAUAUUUAUAUUGUGUUUGCCUUUCAUUUUCGGAAGCACUGACAGAGCCCCUCAGAUAGAACAAGGAUUUGAUGUGGCGUUUGAUUUAGAUGAACGUUUUAGGGAGAGAUUGUAUGGAGUUGUUGAUGACUUCAUACACUGGGGGUAUUUGUGAACUUUCCGUUAUCUGGUUAUUGGGAAUUAAAAAUA